CUUUCCCCAGAGUCCAGCUGCCGCGCCUCGUUCAGGUGUGAGGUCAAACUUCUCAGGCUCUAUCAUCCUCCAGCGGCCUCCUAAAAUGGGAAACUCGACGGGAGGCAAGAAGAGCGACCCAGAAAACGUGAAGGAAUUCCUCACUCAAGCCAAGCACGAGUUCAACGCGCGAUGGGAGCAUCCGAGAAAAGACACGGCGGCGCUCGACGAUUUCGACUGCAAGAAGACGCUGGGGACGGGCUCGUUCGGUAGGGUAAUGCUGUCGCGACAUAAGGCGACGAAGCAAUAUUAUGCGAUGAAGAUUCUGGAUAAAUUGAAGGUGGCGAAGUUGAAGCAAGUCGAGCAUACGCUGAACGAGAAGCACAUUUUGCAGGCGAUCGAGUUUCCGUUUCUUGUCAAUUUGGUAGCGAACUUCAAGGACAACUCAUAUUUGUACAUGGUCUUAGAGUUUGUACCUGGCGGCGAGAUGUUCUCACAUCUCAGAAGGAUAGGGAGAUUCAGUGAGGCUCACGCGCGGUUCUAUGCGUCACAGAUUGCUCUGUCGUUCGAGUAUCUCCACCAUUUGGAUAUUAUGUACAGAGACUUGAAACCGGAGAAUUUACUCAUAGAUCAUGACGGAUAUCUGAAGAUCACUGAUUUUGGUUUCGCUAAGAAGGUGAAAGGCCGCACUUGGACGUUGUGUGGUACACCCGAGUAUCUAGCACCCGAAAUUAUUCUUAGCAAGGGAUACAACAAGGCGGUUGAUUGGUGGGCUCUAGGAGUGCUUAUCUUUGAGAUGGCUGCUGGAUAUCCGCCGUUCUUUGCUGAUCAACCGAUUCAGAUUUAUGAGAAAAUUGUUGCAGGGAAAAUUCGUUUUCCGUCUCACUUUACUGCCGAGCUCAAGGACUUAUUGAGAAAUUUGUUGCAAGUCGACUUGACUAAGCGAUAUGGGAACUUGAAGAAUGGAGUUAAUGAUAUCAAAUAUCACAAGUGGUUUGCCACCACUAAUUGGAUUUCCAUCUACCAGAAAAAGGUUGACGCUCCGUUUAUCCCCAAAUGUAAGGGCCCUGGUGACUCUAGCAACUUCGAUGACUAUGAUGAAGAGCCAUUACGCAUCGCUAGCACAGAGAAAUGUCCAAAGGAGUUUGCAGACUUUUAGCUCGUUCAUCAAUCAGAGUCUAGUUAAAUAGUCCACAUCGUAAAUAUUCGGUGGGCGUUGUGUUGCAGUAACUUCACCAGAGCCUGCCCAUUUGUUUUUACGAUUAAAACAACAUGACGUAUAGUCCUUCUAGGUUAGUACUGUAUAAUGAUUGGUUUACUUCUUUCCAUUGUUUAUCAUUAGGUAAGUAUACCACGUGGAAUUCCGUUGACAAAUGGGUCGUCUGCAGAUUUGUAGAUGUGGAGAGCUUGUCUGACUGUU